AUGAACAGAUACGGUGGCCCUAGCAAAAGAACAUCGACGUUCGCUCUGGCUGGUCCAGAGAAGCGCCAUCAACCCUCUUUGCCGGAGCCUGAUUGGCUGGACUUGCCUACUCACCUUCCCAACGCUGAGUCGGUGUCCGAGCUGAAGAUCAAAGAUGUCGAAGAACAGACAGGAGAACCAAUUGCUCCCCCUAAAAUCGAUCCGGAAAUGCCGACUUCUGAUUCGGUGCUAGCUGGCGAAGAAACGCACGUCGUGAAGAGCCUGUCUUCUGAACCAAUCUACAUUGAAGGAACCACCAUUCUGCUACAGACGGAUGAGGAUAUUGCCAAAUGGAUCGAGGAGCGGCGAAAGAAUUGGCCCACACGUCAAAACGUGGCCGCCAAGAUCGAACAAAGGCUGCUUCUGAGUCUGUCCCAGCCCAACCCUGCUAAAACUGCUAAAAAGCCAGUAUGUCGCUUUUUUGCAAAGCACGGGAAAUGUAAAUUCGGCAAGAAGUGUAAAAAUCUGCACGAAUCCGCUGCUGAUGCUUCUUCAAAACUCAUAAAUGGAAUAAGUGUCAAGAUCCCUCAACGGUACAAGAACAAUGUCAAGAGUGGAUCUUUGUUCAAGAAUCUUGUUCAAAGAGACUUGUUCGAGCAUGAAAACGAUCUUGUUAUUGACUUCAUAAAAUAUCUACACUCAAACUCGGCCAUUGACCUCAGCGUUAACCAGACAGGGUCCCUCUCAUCAUAA